AUGGAUCAACCACCAGCAUUGAAACCAGAGGGUGUGGCGACGCCAGCCUCCGAAUGGGCGGACGAAACCAAUAAAAUCCUCGGGAACGGCUCGUCGACGACGACAGACGCAUCGGAACUCACUAAAAACCCCCGAGCGACAGCGACAGAGCAGCACAAACCCCAGCUCGUUCACGCGCUCAGCACACCUGGACUUGAACUUCCCGGUGCAUUUCCUCGCGAUGCAGUCGCGGAAAGCACCACAAAUGCUGCCGAUUCUCUCCCAGACGCAGACACGGUGAGGGCUACUGUUUUGGGUGUCACUGCGGAUGCGGCAACACUAGCAACGACAGCGGUGGAAGCGGUGAAGGAGCAGCUUCCGGCGCAGGAAGAUGUGGCACAAACCGUCAACAGCACGGGGGAGACGGUCGGGAGCUACGUUCCUGCGACGCAUGACGUGACGAGCACACUCGCGAGCGUUGGGGAGGCGGCCGCUGGCUAUAUUCCUCAGGGACUGAAGGAUACUGUCGCUGCAUACCUCCCGGGCACCACAGCGACCACGGACGCCAUCUCUGCCUCGGAUAACGAUAUUGCACACGAAAAGUCGUUGCCUACAGAUGAGGGCAACAACCUUCUGUCUCAUUCCAUUCCCGACGCUACGAAAUCUGAAACGGGACUCGCCCGUCUUCCGGACGACAACGGCUCGAGCACGACGGGGAAUGCACCAACUGUUACCGUUGGUGCAACAGGUCUCGGUGUUCCGCAUGAAGCAGAUCUUGGUAGUGGAACGACGAACGCGACAGCGGAAGGUGCGUGGUUUAUUUCUUUGUAUAUUUCGUCUGUUCUUCUUUUCAUCCGGGCACUUGGCUGCGGACUGUCCCGCUUACGAUUUUUGGUUGACUGA